GCUGACGUGGCGGGGCCUCCGAGUGGGCCCAGCUAGGCUGCAGACUGAACACAAGAGAGGAGGUGGCGGCGGUAACUAGGCGGGUGGUGCGGCACGAAAGCACAAGCCGCUGCCAUGCCGCUGGAGCUGGAGCUGUGUCCCGGACGCUGGGUGGGCGGGCAGCACCCAUGCUUCAUCAUUGCGGAGAUAGGCCAGAACCACCAGGGCGACCUGGAUGUGGCCAAGCGCAUGAUCCGUAUGGCCAAGGAGUGUGGGGCUGAUUGCGCCAAGUUCCAGAAGAGUGAGCUGGAGUAUAAGUUUAAUCGGAAAGCCUUGGAGAGGCCGUACACUUCAAAGCAUUCCUGGGGGAAGACCUAUGGGGAGCACAAACGCCACCUGGAAUUCAGCCACGCCCAGUACAGGGAGCUGCAGAAAUUCGCUGAGGAGGUUGGCAUCUUCUUCACUGCCUCUGGCAUGGAUGAGAUGGCAGUUGAGUUUCUGCAUGAACUGAAUGUUCCAUUUUUCAAAGUUGGAUCUGGGGACACUAAUAAUUUCCCUUAUCUGGAAAAGACAGCCAAAAAAGGCCGCCCAAUGGUCAUCUCCAGUGGGAUGCAGUCAAUGGACACCAUGAAGCAAGUCUAUCAGAUUGUGAAGCCCCUCAACCCCAACUUCUGCUUCCUCCAGUGCACCAGCGCAUACCCACUCCAACCUGAGGACGUCAACCUGCGUGUCAUCUCGGAAUAUCAGAAGCUCUUUCCUGACAUUCCCAUAGGAUAUUCUGGGCAUGAAACAGGCAUAGCAAUAUCUGUGGCUGCCGUGGCUCUGGGAGCCAAGGUCUUGGAGCGUCACAUAACUUUGGACAAGACUUGGAAGGGGAGUGACCACUCAGCCUCGCUGGAGCCUGGAGAGCUGGCCGAGCUGGUGCGGUCUGUGCGCCUCGUGGAGAGGGCCCUGGGCUCCCCAACCAAGCAGCUGCUGCCCUGUGAGAUGGCCUGCAACGAGAAGCUGGGCAAGUCUGUGGUGGCCAAAGUGAAAAUUCCGGAAGGCACUGUUCUAACACUGGACAUGCUUACUGUGAAGGUGGGUGAACCCAAAGGCUACCCUCCUGAAGACAUCUUUAGUCUGGUGGGCAAGAAGGUUCUGGUCACUAUUGAAGAAGAUGAUACCAUCAUGGAAGAAUCGGUAGAAAAUCAUGGCAAAAAAAUCAAGUCUUAAAAUAAAAUGCCAUUCUCCAAA